CCUGAACUCUCACGCAAACUGCGCAGCGCCCCUAGUGGCGUGGAGUGAGAAAGGGUUGGUUGGCGGCGGGGGGGGUCGCCGCCGCGUUACGCUAGUUCCGUUUGCCUGACAUCCAUCUGCCAGAGAGCGGAGCCCUGAGCUUCCUCAACAUCGAUGGUGAAUAGCUGCUACGGCGACGGGAGGAGGAGCAGCCGCCGCAGGAAGAGAGCGAACGGUGCUGGUAGAGCGGUAGUUCGAGGAUCCAAUUUUCUGUCUUUUUACACUCACUCGUAAUAUCGGAGAGCCAUAAAAACACGGAGAGAGGGAGAGCGGUGAAGGGGAAAUAGAGAAAGAUGGCGGCCGCGGCCUCGCCGGGCUCCUGCUCGUCCGCCUCCUCGGACUGGGUUGUCCUGAGAGACGGCUGCCUGCGCUGCGACGAGGAGGGCCUGUGCAGCCUGUCGUACCACCCGGCCCUCAACGCCAUCCUGGCCGUCACCAGCCGCGGCAGUAUCAAAGUCAUAGACGGCACGUCGGGAGCGGUGCUCCAGGCUUCGUCGUUGCACGAAAAACCCGGGGGCCACGUGAGGUGCCAGUACUUCCCAGCAGUAGACAAGGUCCUGUUUGUGGAUGACUACGCAGUGGGCUGCAGGAAGGACCUCAAUGGGAUCCUGCUACUGGACACAGCCCUUCAGGCACCCGUCACCAAACCAGAGGACGUCGUCCAACUCGAACUGCCCGUCACAGAGGCUCAGCAGCUGCUCUCGGCCUGCCUAGAGAAAGUGGACGUGUCUGGUGCUGAGGGAUAUGACCUGUUCAUCACACAGCUGAAAGAUGGCUUAAAAAAUACCUCACAUGAGACGGCAGCCAAUCACAAAGUGGCCAAGUGGGCAACAGUUACUUUCCAUCUUCCGCACCAUGUGCUAAAAUUGGUUGCCGGUGCCAUUGUGAACGAGCUGAAGAAGAUAAACCAGAACGUUGCUGCCUUGUCUGUGGCCUCGUCCAUCAUGGACAGGCUCUCCUACCUCUUACCAAGUGCACGGCCCGAGCUGGGCGUUGGCCCUGGGCGCUCUGUAGAUAGAUCAUUAAUGUACAGUGAGGCAAACAGGAGAGAAACGUUUACAUCAUGGCCCCAUGCAGGCUACAGGUGGGCACAACCUGACCCUAUGGCUCAAGCAGGAUUUUACCACCAGGUAGGCAGUCCGGCAUCCACUGGUGACGACCGGGCCAUGUGCUUCACUUGCAGUGUGUGCCUGGUAUGCUGGGAGCCUACAGAUGAGCCCUGGUCUGAACAUGAGCGACAUUCCCCCAACUGCCCCUUUGUGAAGGGCGAGCACACCCAGAAUGUGCCGCUGUCAGUUACCCUGGCCACCAGCCCCGCGCAGUUCCCCAGUGUGGAUGGCUCCGACAAGAUUGCCUGCUAUGGCUUCGGCAGCUGUCCGCACUUCCUGGCAGCCGCAACCAAGCGGGGAAAGAUCUGUGUGUGGGAUGUGUCCAAGCUCAUGAAGGUGCACUUGAAGUUUGAGAUCAACCCAUAUGACCCGGUGAUUCUGCGGCAGCUGAUUCUGUCAGAGAACGUGCAAGGCCCGGUUACGGAUUCCGCACGACCCACGUUAGCCUGGCUGGAAGAUUCUUCAAGCUGCUCUGAUAUACCAAAACUAGAGGGAGACAGUGAUGACCAGUUGGAUGACUCGGACAGUGAAGAGCAUUCCAGAUCAGAGUCUGUCACAGGGCACCCAUCGCAAAAGGAGAGUAUGGAGGUGAACCUGAGUGUGACAGCUCUCAGCGUUCUACAGCAGCCAGAGAAACUACAAUGGGAGGUGGUGGCCAGUGUGCUGGAGGACACUGUCAAGGACCUUGAGGAGCUGGGUGCCAACCCCUCACUGGCCCAAGCCAAGGCUGACAAGGCCAAGGAGAAGCCAGCAGAGCACCACAACAUUCCCUUUCCCUGCCUGGUGGCUGGUGGGCUGCUGAGCUAUCGCUCAGUUGCUGCCUCUCCCAUUAAUGGCCCACCACCAAUGCGCCGCACUUUGGAUGGCCUGGCUAGGACUCAGGGUUCAGAGGCCUCGUCUGACCAGGGCCCCAUGGAGAUUGAGGCAUGUGGUGGUACAGAGCUGGGUGGCCCAGCCGCUGUACGCAGGACUAUGCCUGUGCUGUUGCUCUACAGUGUCAAAGAGUCAGAUGAGAAAUCUGGCAAGGUGUUUGCCCAGAUGAACAAUUUAAUGAGCAAGAGCCUGCAUGAGGAGGGCUUCACAGUGCCACAAAUCAUUGAGAUGGAGUUUGACACCCACGAGCAGCUGCUCUUGCAGGACCCACCCAUCACCUAUAUUCAACAGUUUGCUGAUGCCGCCGCAAAUCUUGCGCCCCUGGAUGCUGACAAAUGGAGCUCCAUGGUGCCCAAGCCGGGGACCCUGGUUCAGUGUUUGCGGCUGCCUAAGCUACUUGAGGAAGAGAAUCUCUACGUGGAUACCAUCACGCCUUGCACAGAUGGGCUUCAUCUGCUUGUAAGUCUGCAGUCCUGCUCUGUGGAGUCACUCAGUGCUAUCAACCAAGUGGAGGCCCUCAACAACCUCAACAAGCUCCACUCAGCCCUCUGCAACCAGCGCAAGGGUGACCUACAACCUUUACCCACCCUCACCAAUGGAACAGGCUUGGGUGGGAAGUCCCAUGAGGCACACCCCAGUGGAUCUCCCCAGACACCACUUAUCCUGCCCCCUGAGCAGCAGCGGGCAGUGGGAGGUGGCUACCUUGUUCUCUACAAACUGAACUACUCUACUCGAAUUGUCACCUUGGAGGAGGAGCCUGUGAAGGUUCAGCGUAUCCGUGACCCCAAGGAUGCCAUCACUUCACUUGUGCUGCUCCCUCCUGACAUCCUAGACAGCCGGGAGGAUGACUCAGAGGAGGGUCCAGAGGAGACAUCUCCUGGCCUCAAGAAUGGCAAUGGUACCCUUGCCUCCAAGGAGAAGCGGGCUGAUGUGGCGGGCCUCGGUCACCUUGUAGUGACCACUCAGGGGGGGAGCAUCAUGAUCCUGGACCUGUCCAGUCUAGAAGUGCUGGCCAAAGUGGAACCGCCCAAGAAGGAGUUAAAUGAUGAGCCUGAUCCAUUUGUCUCAGUCACUUACUGUUCCGGCACUGACCGGCUCUGCGCUUGCACUAAAGGUGGAGAACUUCAUUUCCUUCAAAUUGGAGGUGUAUGUGAUGAUAUUGAUGACUCGGACAUCUUUGUUGAUGGGCCCCUUUCUAAGGGGGCAGAACAGUUGUCUGAAGGGGCUAAGCCGUCCUCGAAUCCAUCUAGUCCAGGGAUUACAGGAGUUGACCUUCUGGUGGACCAAGCAUUGAGUGUGGAGAGCCUGACGUCCCUGGUGGAGCUCACACGAUUUGAGACGUUGACGCCACGCUUCUCAGCCACUGUGCCACCCUGCUGGGUAGAGGUCCAGCAGGAGCAGCAGCAGCGGCGCCACCCGCAGCACUUACACCAGCAGCAUCAUGGGGAUGCAGCACAACACACUCGCACCUGGAAGCUGCAGAGCGACAGUUCUAGUUGGGAUGAGCACGUUUUUGAGCUGGUCCUGCCCAAAGCUUGCAUGGUGGGACAUGUGGACUUCAAAUUUGUCCUGAAUGCCAACAUCACCAACAUUCCCCAGAUCCAGGUCACCCUGUUGAAAAACAAGGCCCCAGGACUUGGCAAGGUUAACGAAGCGGCGGUAGACAGACCGAUCUGCUUCCCCUUGUCCCAUGUCCUGCAUGCCAAUGGAGAGCGGAAUGGACAGGCGUUGCUUCAGGAUUUCGCUGAGGACAUUCAGUUUAUGGAUGUUGAGGAGACUUUAGGAUCCCGUCUCUGCUCAUUUUUGGAGGACCACAAGGAGGACAUCCUCUGUGGGCCAGUGUGGCUGGCCAGCGGCUUGGAUCUUUCUGGUCAUGCGGGAAUGUUAAGUCUGACAAGUCCUAAGUUGGUCAAAGGCAUGGCUGGGGGGAAAUAUCGCUCCUUCUUGGUGCACAUCAAAGCAGUGAGUGAAAAGGGCAUGGAGGAGAGUCCCAGGCCUGUCGUUAGGAUGGCUGCCGUCAAGCCCCCAAGCAGUAAGGCGCACACACUCUCCUCUCUGCUGCAAAGAGCCCAGGCCACUAAGGAGAAGGCCUCCACCUCCAAAGCGGAACCUCCAGCUGCCUUGAAAAAGCCUGACAACCUCCGUGGGUGUGACUUGCUUCAGGAGGUUUCCAUCACCAUCCGGAGGUUCAAGAAAACUUCCAUACCCAAAGAAAGGGUUCAGCGCUGUGCCAUGCUGCAGUUCCCAGAGUUCCAUGAAAAGCUGCUGGCCAGCCUGUGCAAGAAGCCUGAGGAGGGCCCAGUGACUGAGCAUGCCCAGAGUCUGGUGCUAGACAUCUUGUGCUGGCUGGCAGGAGUCUACUCCAGUGGACCAUGCAGCCUCAGAGAAGGCAAGGAAGGCCUGCUGGUGAAAACGAGGAAACUACUCACAGAUAUUGUCCGAGUUUGCUUUUUCCAGGCUGGUCGCAGUAUAGCCCACAAGUGUGCUCGUUUUCUUGCCCUUUGCAUUAGCAAUGGAAAAGGUGACCCCAGCCAGCAGGGGUUUGGGUCUUCUCUGCUAAAGGCUUUGCUGGACAAUAUGCCUUACUUACCGGCAGCAGCUACAGGAGGAUCUGUAUUCUGGUACUUUGUGCUACUGAACUAUGUGAAAGAUGAGGACCUGGCAGGCUGCAGCACAGCAUGUGCUGCCCUUCUCACUGCCGUGUCCCGCCAACUGCAGGACAGGCUCACGCCCCUGGAGGCUCUGCUGCAGACGAGAUAUGGUCUGUAUAGUUCCCCCUUUGAUCCCAUCCUGUUUGACCUGGAGGUCAGUGGCUCUUCCUGCAAGAAUGCCUUCAACAGCAGUAUUGGCAUGCAGUCUGAUGAGAUAGACCUUUCUGACAUUCUCUCAGGGAACGGUAAGGUAAGCAGCUGUGCGGCAGCUGAGGGGAGCUUCACAGCUCUCACUGGGCUCCUGGAGGUUGAGCCACUUCACUUUGCUUGCGUCUCCACUAGUGAUGGCACUAGGGUGGAGAGGGAUGAUGCAAGUAUGUUCACCGUGAGCACUUUUGGGGUGACCCCUGCAGUCGGAACUUUGCCUGCAGGCACGGUUGGUGAGGCUUCGACGGCGCUCAGCUCAGCUGCGCAGGUGGCGCUGCAGUCCCUGUCCCAUGCCAUGGUAUCUGCAGAGCAGCAGCUGCAAGUGCUGCAGGAGAAGCAGCAGCAGCUGCUCAAACUACAGCAGCAGAAGGCCAAGUUGGAGGCUAAGUUACACCAGACCACCUCAGCAGCUGGAAUGGGGCCUAUUCACAACUCUGUGCCUUCAAACACCUCCACUGCCCCAGGCUUCUUCAUCCAUCCUUCAGAUGUCAUCCCGCCAACACCCAAGACCACGCCCUUGUUCAUGACCCCACCCCUCACACCACCAAAUGAAGCAGUAUCUGCUGCCAUCAGUGUGGAGCUGGCCCAGCUCUUCCCCUGCUCUGUCAUUGACCCCCCACCUGUCAGCUUGGCUGCACACAACAAGAGUGCCCAAAAGGCCAAGCCGAGCUCCAUGGGCAGUGGUCUGGUACUGGCCAUGUCCCAGGCCUCUCACUUCCUGCAGCCACCUCCGCAUCAGUCCAUCAUCAUCGAACGCAUGCACUCUGGGGCCCGCCGCUUUGUGACCCUGGACUUUGGCCGACCCAUCCUGCUGACAGAUGUGUUGAUCCCCACCUGUGGGGACCUGGCUUCACUGUCCAUUGACAUUUGGACACUAGGGGAGGAGGUAGAUGGACGACGGCUAGUGGUAGCUACAGACAUCAGCACACACUCCCUUAUCCUCCAUGACCUCCUCCCGCCCCCCGUCUGCCGCUUCAUGAAGAUCACUGUGAUCGGGCGAUAUGGCAGUACCAAUGCACGGGCCAAGAUCCCGCUGGGAUACUAUUAUGGCCAUACGUACAUCCUGCCGUGGGAGACUGAGCUCAAGCUGAUGCACGACCCCCUUCGUGGUGAGAGUGAGGCUGCCAGCCAGCCAGAUGUGGACCAGCAUCUGGCCAUGAUGGCUGCACUGCAGGAGGACAUUCAGUGCAGGUAUAACCUGGCCUGCCACCGACUGGAGACCCUGCUGCAGAGCAUCGACUUGCCACCACUAAACAGUGCCAAUAAUGCACAGUACUUUCUACGCAAGCCGGACAAGGCAGUGGAGGAGGAUGCCCGUGUUUUUUCCGCCUAUCAGGACUGCAUCCAGUUGCAGCUGCAGCUAAACCUGGCGCACCACGCAGUACAGCGAUUACGUGUCUCCCUGGGAGCCAGCCGCAAACUACUGCCUGAUUCAGUGGAACCCCAGGAACUCGUGCAGAACUCUUCCACAGAACAGCUGCGCACCAUAAUUCGCUAUCUGCUAGACACACUGCUUAGCCUCCUCCACUCCUCCAACGGCCACUCGGUCCCCUCUGUGCUGCAGAGUACCUUUCAUGCACAGGCCUGCGAGGAGCUUUUCAAGCACCUGUGCAUUAGUGGUACACCUAAGAUCCGCCUGCAUGCAGGCUUGCUGCUGGUGCAGCUGUGUGGAGCUGAGCGCUGGUGGGGCCAGUUCCUUUCCAAUGUGCUACAGGAGCUGUACAACUCGGAGCAGAUGCUCAUCUUCCCCCAGGACAGGGUCUUCAUGCUCCUGUCCUGCAUAGGCCAAAGAUCCUUGAGCAACAGUGGAGUAUUGGAGGGCUUGCUCAACCUCCUGGAUAGCCUGCUUUCCCCACUGCAGCAGUCAGCAGCCACAGCCCAGCGCAGGACAGAAGGUGUAUUGGACAUCCCUAUGAUCAGCUGGGUGGUGAUGCUGGUGUCACGGCUGCUGGACUACGUGGCCAGUGUGGAGGAUGAGGCCGCAGCAGCCAAGAAGCACCUCGGUGGAAAGGAGCGAGACCGUAUGGUCACAGGGAAUCAGUGGAGCUUUAUAAAUAACAACCUUCAGUCUCAGAGCCUCAACAGAUCAACCAAAGGCAACAGCAGCUUAGAUCGCUUGUAUUCGAGAAAGAUCCGCAAGCAGCUGGUCCACCAUAAACAGCAGUUGAAUUUAUUAAAAGCAAAACAGAAGGCUUUGGUUGAACAGAUUGAGAAGGAGAAAAUCCAGAGCAACAAAGGCUCCUCUUAUAAGCUGCUGGUGGAGCAGGCCAAGCUGAAACAGGCCACAUCCAAGCACUUUAAAGACCUUAUUCGGCUGCGGCGCACAGCAGAAUGGCCACGCUCCACACUGGAAGCUGAAGCGUCAGCAACUAAGGAGACCCCAGAAGUGGAGCCAUUACCCUUCACACUGGCACACGAGCGCUGCAUUGCUGUGGUGCAGAAGCUUGCCCUCUUCCUGCUCUCCAUGGACUUCACCUGCCAUGCUGACCUGCUACUCUUUGUGUGCAAGGUCCUGGCCAGGAUAGCCAAUGCCACCAGGCCCACGAUCCACCUGUGUGAGGUGGUGAAUGAGCAGCAGCUAGAGAGGCUGUUGCUGCUAUUAGUGGGGACAGACUUCAACCGUGGAGACAUUUCCUGGGGGGGUGCCUGGGCCCAGUACUCCCUUACCUGCAUGGUGCAGGACAUCCUGGCAGGUGAGCUGCUGUCCCCAGGCACACUGGAGGGGAUGGAGGAGGGGGCAGUGGGUGAGGAGGCAGGGGCGUCAGCUGUGGAUUCGGACGACUCCCUCGCUCAGCCCACCCCCAUCCCCCUGGUGGAGAGCAUUGACGAGGCAUUGGCUCCAGAUAUCAUCGCAGGUACACCUGGGACCCACUCUGUUUUCCAAAGUGCCCCACCUCUGACAUCUUUGGAUAAAGAUAAAGACAUAGACUUUGACUUGCUGCAAGACCUCAUGGAUGUUGAUAUUGAUCCUUUAGAUAUUGAUUUGGAAAAAGAUCCCCUCGCUGCCAAAGUUUUUAAGCCCAUAAGCAGCACCUGGUAUGACUACUGGGGUGCUGACUAUGGCACUUACAGUUAUAACCCCUACAUUGGGGGCGUGGGGGUCCCUGUGUCUAAACCCCCUGCUGGCACCGAGAAGCCUGGUUCACAAAGUCUGUCCGUCUCUGUGUCCCAAGCACUGGAUGCCCGCCUUGAGGUGGGGCUGGAACAACAGGCUGAACUCAUGCUCAAGAUGAUGGCCACGUUGGAAGCUGACUCCAUCCUACAGGCUCUCACAUCCAACUCCCCAACAGGGUCCCAGACCUCGAAUGGUACAGAUGAUUCCCUGCUCAGGGGCCUCCACACUUCUCCCCAAGGCAGCAGCCUAAUGGUGCAGUCCUCUUCAAUCCCCAUGCUGAGUGCCUGCUUCAACAAGCUCUUCUCUAUGCUACAGGUGCAUCAUGUCCAGCUGGAGUCUUUGCUGCAGCUGUGGCUCACCCUCAGCCUCAACUCCUCCUCUGGUGGCAGUGAGGAGAGUGGCUCCGACGUCUUCUUGUUCAACGCCAGCCGGGUUCCCACCAUCCCACUGAACCAAGCUUCCGUCAGCAGUUUUUUGACAGUUCUGGCCUGGUACCCAAGCACUUCUCUACGGACCUGGUGUCUCGUGCUUCACAGCCUCACGCUCAUGACCAACAUGCCACCUGCCUCCUCCAGCAGCACCAUGGGGGCCCAUGAAAGCACAGCACAGCAGAUGGUGUCAGAUCCUGCACUGGUCCAUGUCCUCGUGCGCUUUCUGUCCGGCAGCAGCUCCUACGGCACCAGCCAGCACAGCUCACAGGUUGGUCCCACAGCAACACAAGCUAUGCAAGAGUUCCUCACCAGACUGCAAGUGCACCUUUCCUCCACUUGUCCUCAGAUGUUCAGUGAAUUCCUCCUCAAACUCAUCCACAUACUGUCCACAGAGAGGGGGCCCUUCCAGUCAGGACAGGGUCCACUUGAUGCACAGGUGAAAUUGCUGGAGUUCACCUUGGAGCAGAACUUUGAGGUAGUGUCAGUGAGCGCCAUCUCGGCUGUCAUUGAGUCCAUCACUUUCCUGGUGCACCACUACAUUACCUGCUCGGACAAGGUGGUCUCACGCAGCGGCUCAGACAGCUCAGUGGGCGCACGUGCCUGUUUCGGUGGCCUUUUUGCCAAUAUAAUCCGGCCGGGUGACGCCAAGGCCGUGUGUGGCGAGAUGACCCGUGACCAACUCAUGUUCGACCUGUUGAAGUUGGUCAAUACCCUGGUUCAGCUGCCUCUCUCUGGGGACCGUGAAUUCAGUGGGCGCCUCCCACCAUCUGGCAGUGGCGCCUCUGACAGCGUCUCAGAUGAGGAGAAGGUGUGCGGCAGCAAGGAAGGAUCGAAUGGAAGCACUGCUCCCCACCAAGGACCUGCAGCAGGCGUGGCUGAUUUGGUGUUGGCAAACCAGCAGGUCAUGAGCCAGAUUCUUUCUGCGCUUGGUCAGUGCAAUAGCAGCGCCAUGGCCAUGAUCAUAGGGGCUAGUGGUCUUCAUCUCACCAAGCAUGAGAACUUCCACGGAGGUCUAGACGCCAUCUCAGUUGGGGAUGGCCUCUUCACCAUCCUGACCACACUGAGCAAGCGGGCCACCUCAGUGCAGGUCAUGUUGCAACCCAUUCUUACCUACAUGGCCUGUGGGUACAUGGGCAGACAGGGCUCGCUGUCCACCUGCCAGCUGUCAGAGCCCCUGCUUUGGUUCAUCCUGAGGGUGCUGGACACCAGCGAAGCUCUUAAGGCCUUCCAUGACAUGGGUGGCGUGCAGCUGAUCUGCAACAACAUGGUCACCAGCACACGGGCCAUUGUCAACACAGCACGCAGCAUGGUGUCCACCAUCAUGAAGUUUCUGGACUCUGGGCCUGGCAAAGCAGCAGACGGCAGCCUGAAAGCCAGGGUGCUGGCCUCGGAGCCAGACAACGCAGAAGGACUACACAACUUUGCCCCACUCGGCACAAUCACCUCCAGCAGCCCCACAGCUCAGCCAGCAGAGGUCCUGCUACAGGCUACGCCCCCUCACCGCCGUGCUCGGUCAGCCGCUUGGUCCUACAUUUUCCUGCCAGAGGAAGCAUGGUGUGACCUCACUGUACAUCUGCCUGCUGCUGUGCUACUGAAAGAGAUUCACAUUCAGCCUCACCUGGCCUCACUAGCUACAUGCCCUUCUUCCGUGUCGGUGGAAAUCAGCGCCGAUGGCGUGAACAUGCUGCCCCUGUCCACUCCCGUCAUCACCAGUGGCCUCACUUAUAUCAAGAUCCAGCUAGUGAAGGCAGAGGUGGCAUCAGCUGUGUGUCUCCGGCUGCACCGCCCUCGUGAUGCCAGCACGUUGGGCCUCUCCCAGAUCAAGCUUCUCGGCCUGACGGCCUUUGGCAACACCUCCUCAGCGACUGUCAACAACCCUUUUUUGCCCUCUGAAGACCAGGUGUCCAAGACCAGUAUUGGCUGGCUGCGCCUGCUACACCAUUGCCUCACCCAUGUCAGUGACCUGGAGGCCACAAUGGCUGCCGCUGCUGCCCCUACAGCCAACCUGCUGCAGACAUGCGCCGCCCUGCUCAUGUCACCUUACUGUGGCAUGCAUUCACCCAACAUCGAGGCUGUGCUGGUCAAGAUUGGCCUGCAGUCCACUCGCAUCGGCCUCAAGCUCAUCGACAUCCUGCUGCGCAACUGUGCUGCUUCGGGCACUGAUCCUGCCAAUCUGAAUAGCCCUCUUCUCUUUGGGAGGCUGAACGGUCUUUCAUCAGACUCCACAAUUGAUAUUCUCUAUCAGCUCGGAACCACACAGGACCCUGGAACAAAAGACAGAAUCCAGGCCCUGCUGCAAUGGGUGCAUGACUCGUCCCGCGUGGCAGCGUUAAAAAGGAGUGGUCAUAUGGGCUAUGUGAGCCCCAGCAGCUCCUCACGGGAGUAUGGCCUGCUCAUGCCCUCACCCUCCCACCUGCACUGUGUUGCAGCCAUCCUUUGGCAUAGCUAUGAGCUCCCGGUUGAGUACGAUCUACCUGCGCUGCUCAACCGCCAACUCUUCGAGCUGCUUUACAGCUGGUCAAUGUCACUCCCUUGUAACACGGUCUUGAAGAAGGCCCUGGACAGUCUGCUGUGCGCCAUGUGCCAUGUUCAUCCCAGCUACUUCUCCCUCCUCAUGGCUUGGAUGGGAAUCGUGGCUCCUCCUGCUGCCCAGUCCCCUGCCCAGCACCGCCUCUCUAUGACUGAUGAUGGAAAGAAGCAGCAUGACCUGAAUACAGCUGGUCUGACGGACGACUCGAAGCAUGCUCAGGCACCCAUUGCCCUGUCCGAGUCCCAGCUGGCCACGCUAGCAGCUGCCUCCCAGUCUCCGGAGGCCAUUGAGCAGCUGCUGGCAUCAGGCCUGCCCUCUCUUCUAGUGCGUAGUCUGGCCAGCUUUUGCUAUGGCCUCCUCUCCAGUACUGACCUGCCCAUGACGGCUGAGCGGCGGCCCCACACCUCCCCUGGCCACACACAACAGCCUCCAGCUGCUAGCAGAGUGUCCCUGACACCAGAUUUGGUAGCACCUGUGCUGCGCUUCCUGACUGAGGUGGGCAGCAGCCACACCAUGAAGGACUGGCUGGGUGGACCAGAGGUGAAUCCAUUGUGGACUGCAUUGCUCUUCCUCCUGUGCCACUCCAGCGCCAGUGGUAGCACUGGGACAGGCCACGCCGCACAGGGGCCCUCCCACCCACCCUCUAGUUCCCGCUAUUCGCUCAGUUCCUCCGGGAAGGGGGGAGGGCUCACAACCCAGCAGAGGACAGCCAUCGAGAAUGCCACCGUGGCCUUUUUCCUCCAGUGCAUCUCCUGCCACCCUAACAACCAGCGGCUUAUGGCACAGGUGCUGUGUGAGCUCUUCCAGUCAGCACCACAGCGGGGCAACAUGCCCGUCUCAGGGAAUAUCUCCGGUUUCAUCCGACGACUUUUCCUACAGCUCAUGCUGGAGGAUGAGAAGGUCACAGUCUUCCUGCAGUCCCCCUGCCCGCUGUACAAGGGCCGUAUAAACGCCACCAGUCACGUGAUCCAGCAUCCCAUGUACGGCGCAGGGCACAAGUUUCGCACCCUUCACCUACCCAUCUCCACCACCUUGGCAGAAGUUCUGGACCGGGUUUCAGACACCCCCAGCAUCACAGCCAAGCUGAUCAACGAGCAGAAGGAGGACAAGGAGAAGAAAAAUCAUGAGGAGAAGGAAAAGAUGAAGGCUGACAGCGGCUUUCAGGAUAACUACAGUGUAGUUGUGGCCUCAGGCCUUAAGUCACAGUCAAAAAGGGCAGUUUCCACUCCACCCCGCCCUCCUUCAAGGCGGGGUCGUGUGAUGAGCGACAAACUCAGUGCUACAUCUGGAGUGGAUUCCUCCUCCAAAACCAUCAGCGUGCCUGUCUUUCACCUCUACCAUAAGCUGCUGCAAGGUCAGCCUCUUCCUGCAGAGAUGACCUUGGCUCAACUGCUGACCCUCCUAUAUGACCGAAAGCUGCCCCAGGGCUACUGCUCUAUUGACCUGACUGUCAAACUUGGGUCAAAGGUCAUUUCAGACCCAGGCCUUUCUAAGACGGAUUCCUUCAAGCGCCUGCGUACAGAGAAAGAGCAUGGUGAGGUGCUGAGCAGCUUUCCUGAGGAUGAGCCCAUGACCCCAGGGGAGGAGUGUCUGGAGGCUGCGAUUGACGAGUCAUUAUUGGAGACCAGUCCCAUCCAGUCCCCCCUACAGGUUUUCGCUGGCAUGGGUGGUCUGGCGCUCAUUGCUGAGAGGCUGCCUAUGCUCUACCCUGAUGUCAUUCAACAGGUGAGCGCCCCUGUGGUACCUUCCACUACCCAGGAGAAGCCAAAAGACAGUGACCAGUUUGAGUGGGUGACAAUUGAGCAGUCAGGUGAACUGGUGUAUGAGGCACCCGAGGCCAUUGCUGCAGAGCCACCACCCAUCAAGUCCUCAGUGCAGCCCAUGUCGCCCAUCCCUGCUCACUCGCUGGCUGCCUUUGGGUUGUUCCUGCGGCUGCCAGGCUAUGCAGAAGUGCUGCUGAAGGAGCGCAAGCAUGCCCAGUGCCUCCUCCGAUUGGUCCUGGGGGUUACUGACGAUGGAGAGGGCAGCCAUAUUCUGCAGUCUCCAUCAGCCAAUGUAUUGCCCACCUUGCCCUUCCACGUGCUGCGCGCCCUCUUCAGCUCCACCCCUCUCACCACGGAUGACGGUGUGCUGCUGCGCCGAAUGGCGCUGGAGAUUGGAGCUGUCCACCUUAUCCUGGCAUGCUUGUCAGCCCUGAGCCACCACGCCCCCCGCGUGCCCAGCGCCGGUGCCAACCAGGCUGAGCCUCAGGUGUCCAGUGGGCAUGCAGGUGGCACCAGCGAGGAGCAGCAGCUCUACUGGGCCAAGGGCACGGGUUUCGGCACGGGCUCUACUGCUUCAGGCUGGGAUGUGGAACAGGCCCUCACCAAGCAGCGACUCGAGGAGGAACACGUUACGUGCCUGCUGCAGGUUCUAGCUAGUUACAUCAAUCCAGCAGGCUGCGUUGGAUCAGGUGAAGCUCCCUCUGGCGAGAGCCGGGGCCAUAGCAACACUGCCCUCCCCUCCGUCCUGCAGGAGCUGCUCAGCCAGUCCUGCCUCAUCCCAGCCAUGUCCUCUUACCUGCGCAAUGACUCUGUGCUGGACAUGGCACGACAUGUACCGCUGUACCGUGCACUGCUGGAGCUCCUCAGGGCCAUCUCAACAAGUACUGCCCUGGUGCCCCUGCUGUUGCCACUGUCAGGUGACCCCGCUGAUGUUGCUGAGGAAGAGGAGGAGGCGGCAGCGGAGGAACGUUCAGAGUGCCAGACCUCUGUGGGUCUCCUGUUGGCCAAAAUGAAGACAUGCGUGGACACCUACACCAACCGCCUCAGGUCAAAGAAAGACAAGAGCAAAGGGGUGGUGAAGGCAGAGACCUCUGACCCGGAGCCAGAAGGCCUGACGCUGCUGGUACCGGACAUUCAGAGGACAGCAGAAAUUGUACAUGCUGCAACCACCAGCCUGCGCCAGGCCAACCAAGAGAGGAAGCUGGCCGAGUCUUCCAGAAAAGCGGCCGCUCGGCCUAAGCCCCUGUCCGUGCUCCGGUCGCUCGAGGAGAAAUAUGUUGCUGCCAUGAAGAAGCUGCAGUUUGACACGUUUGAGAUGGUGUCUGAAGACGAGGAUGGCAAGCUGGUCUUCAAGGUGAACUACCACUACAUGUCUCAGGUGAAGAAUGCCAGUGAUGCAGACAGCGCGGCUCGCGCACGUCGCCUGGCCCAGGAGGCUGUUACACUGUCCACCUCCUUGCCCCUGUCAUCUUCUUCCAGCGUCUUUGUGCGCUGCGAUGAGGAGCGCCUUGACAUAAUGAAGGUUCUUAUCACAGGGCCUGCUGACACCCCAUAUGCAAAUGGCUGCUUUGAGUUUGAUGUGUACUUCCCACAAGACUACCCGAACUCACCUCCACUCGUCAACCUGGAGACCACCGGUGGACACAGCGUGCGCUUCAACCCAAACCUUUACAAUGAUGGAAAGGUGUGUUUAAGCAUUCUCAAUACUUGGCAUGGGAGACCAGAGGAGAAGUGGAACCCUCAAACUUCUAGCUUUCUACAAGUGCUGGUGUCGGUGCAGUCACUCAUACUGGUGGCAGAGCCCUACUUCAAUGAGCCUGGGUACGAGAGGUCGCGAGGCACACCCAGCGGCACGCAGAGCUCCCGGGAGUACGAUGGUAACAUUCGGCAAGCCACCGUUAAGUGGGCCAUGCUGGAACAGAUGAGAAAUCCUUCAGCCUGCUUCAAAGAGGUAAUCCAUAAGCACUUCUACCUGAAGCGGGCUGAAAUCAUGGCGCAGUGCGAGGAGUGGAUCGCAGACAUCCAGCAGUACAGCAGCGACAAGAGGGUGGGCCGCACUAUGUCCCACCACGCAGCAGCACUAAAAAGGCACACAGCACAGCUGCGUGAGGAGCUGCUCAAGCUGCCCUGUCCCGAUGGCCUGGAGCCCGACGGGGAGGAGUUCUCAGAGAAAAGCUCUGCCCUCAUGGUUAAGGAGUCGCCCAACCAGGACACGGAGAAGCCGAGCAGCAGCCAGGACGCGCACUGCAGCGACAGCCAGCUUUGAGCUCCGUGCACUCCCCUCAUGACUAUCAUGAUUAUUAAAUAGACUUGACGGCUUUGAAGCACAAGCCAACAUUUUGUCAAUAUUUGUAUGUAAGAAUCUAAUGUAAUAGCCUAAAAUAGAGAAGAAAGAAAAUGAAGACAAACCGCUAAAAAAAACAAAAAAAAAAAAACCCCUGAAACUAUGCUAUGCCCUUAAGGAAAUACCAACGACAACCAACCAACCUUUUAUUUACCUGUAAAAGAGUGUAAACUUUUUUGUGCUUUUAUUUUUCAAUUGUGAAAUAACCACUGAUUGGUAUGUUAUUAAACUUGUUUAUGUAUACAUGACAGGAAAUCACAAUAUAUAAGGGAACUACCUUUAGAAAAGAAUGUUUACUGAAUGUUAAUUUCCAUUUUGACUGUUAGCGCAAGAACAGUUGUAACCAAGAAUAUACUGGUCAUUCUUUAAGAAUACUAUUUAAAAGAGAACCACACAUACACUUUCUUCGAUUUGGAAAACUUCUGGUUUGCCCAUUUACAUUGCAUUUUUGAUUUCUACAGAAUUCUGUAAACUUCAAUAAAGGCUUAAAUGGACAUUCUUUAUUGCUAUGAUUACUUGUUACCUCUCACAGGCUGGAGUAGAUGUCUAAUGAAAUGCAUACUAAUUUUUUUUUUUCUUCACUAAUUUGAAAUGCAACUUGAAUAAAUGCAACCUGUUUUUCUUUGCUUGGACGUAUGGAUCCUGGUACUCGGGUGUAGGCAUGGUGCGUGUGGCUGCCGGUGAGGACGAAGCGUGUGGGGAAAGCCUGUGGCUAUGCUUUUCGGUUCGCUUCGCGAAGCCCCUUGCAGUUGCCGCCCACCAGCAGGGCUGCACGCAGCACUGGCUAUAGCCACUCUUCCUUUUGACAGAUUGUCAGCUCUUCCUGUGCAUUGAUCAUUUUGCCCCCCUUUUGCCAGAAACUUGUAUUGUGGGAGCUUUUUUUAUUUUUGGAGUGCGCACAUGGGGCAGAGAUGCAUGUUGGCAGGACGUGACAUGAAAUUUUAAAUGGAAUUGAAUGGAAACGAAUAUUUCUGAACCGUUUGGACUUUGGCCUCUCAUGACAGAUUCAGUACUAAUCCAUAGGGAAGAUUGCUUGAAACAACUUGAAAAAGGGUGGUUUUUACGUUUUUGCACAGCUGCUGAAUGCAAGUCAGCUUUCUGUGGAGAAGUACUAUGGUAACGAUCUGACUGUGGGGUCUGAACACAUCUUUAGCAGUGGACUAUGUGUUCUGCAUUAUUUAAUCCCUCCCCUGUUUUGUUAUACCACCUUUACAUGUGUAAGAGUGUAAUAAAAUGUAUUUUAUUAAAUGGAUGCUUUUCACAAUACAGA